CCAUCCAACUUCUCUGUCCUCCUUGCCCAUCCCCUCCCCCUCUGAACUGUACCUUGACUAGCUGCUUUGCAAGCUCAUAUUUAAAAAGAAAUGCGAAUAGAGCUCUGAUUUGUUUUCUGUCUUUAUCCAAAGUACCAGGAAAGAAACAAAACCUCUCUUAGAUUUCACCCUGCAGGUCUCUUCUUGGUUUUAAGAGAAUAAAGUGCACCUAUUCAAUAAUUUGUUUGCCUGCAUGUUUAGGUAGCUGUUAAAGGGUUUACUCUGCUCUGCUUAUUGUAAAGAGAUGAUACAUAGACUUUUGUGAUUAGGGGAGGCUUUUCAAAACUAUAGAAACACACAAAUCCCAAGUGCAAUAUUAUCUGGACAGAUAUUUUUUAAAGCCUUGCAUUGUUAUCGAUCACACCCAACUUUCUGCAGGAUAACGAUUAUGAAAUUAACCAGUAUCUUGAGUUCUCUGUACCUGCAAUAUUUUACUAACUGACAGAGAUAUAAAGUAGAGACUAACAACAAAGUCAAAACGAAAACAAAUUGUCUGGAUAUUUUUCCCUCCUCCUUCUGUCUCUAAAGUUUGUUGUAAGACCCUUGCAAAGUACAUUCUCAAUUAUUUCUGAAGCAAUCCAUCUGUCUUGUGCCAAGGAACUGGUGUUCUCCACAAUUAAACUUUUUUUUAGAGUUUCAGAAUAAGUGAUGCAAAGCUAGAGAUCAUCAUAUUACACUGACAUCUAAUUUCCUGUUUUGCCUACUUUCUAACAUUAGUCCUUGAAUGAGCUCAAAGUCCUUAUGUAAAAGAAACCUUACAAGGAGUAAGAAAGGAAAGAAAAGAAAAGCAGCAUCAAUUUAUGUGGAACCACAAAUGCAUUAAGGAUAGCAGCUAAAUGUGGUGCUUGCUAAUGAGCUCUCCCUUUCCCCUUAUAAUGAACGAGAAACAAGACCUCAGGUAGUUGGACGGUUUAUAGCUGAAUCUUUGGAAACUUGGCAUUAUCAAUGAGAAAUUGUCCUAUGUGCCUGCCUCGUCACCAGUGCAAGAAGCAAAAUAAAAAGCAAACAAGUCAGUGGUCAUAUUAUCAAUAAAGUGACCAUAGGAGAACCUGUUUAGAUGGCUUAUAAAAUUUACUACCCAAAUUAUGUUGUCAGAAAGAUUGCCCUUUGAAAGAAGUAAAGUUUAGGCCCAAAGAGUCACUCAUUUCAAGGUUAUAUAGAUAAUAAUGUUGCUUAAAUAUUUUUUUAAAAUAAUGAUUUCUACAGUUUAAGGCACUUUAAAAAGCUCGACAUUUGUAGCAGAUGAAAAGGUUAAAGAAAACUUGACCUAGCCUCAUCACGUAGCCUCUCCAAUUUUUCACCUAUCAAAUUUCAUCACCAAACUAGAAUUUGAUAGCUCUAUUGAUUGAGUAGAGUCACCUCUAGAUUCCACACUGAUUUAGAAGAUCUUUUAUGCAAAACCAAACAAAAACAAAAAAACAAACCCCACAUUAAAUUAAGGAAGACUUUUGACCGCUGAUCAGCAGUUCUGGAAGGGCUGUCUAUAAAUCUCCAGAUCAAGUGACUUGUAAACGUGGCUUCUGUACUAAGAGACUUUCCUUGUCUGAAUGCAGCAUACAGAGCUGGGCCAUUGUUGUCAUCUGGAUCUCCUUAAGCUAUAUAAUAUUUGUAGAUGAGACGUUUCCAUGCUGAUCCUGACAGUAACUCCUAGUCCAGUAACUGCCUUUCUCAGGACUCUAGGCAUUUCCUUUGCCCAGGGACCCUGUGCUUGGUCUCAGUUGCCAUGUUGUACCUGGUUGCUUUUCUGUUGCACUGUCUCCUUCUGGCCAUGGGACACUAUGACAUUUGCAAAUCCUGGGUGACCACAGAUGAUGGCCCAUCAUGGGAAUUUUACGCUUGCCAGCCCAAGGCCAUGCGAAUGAAGGAUUAUGUGAUCGUGAGAGUGGAUCCACCAGGAAUCACCUGUGGGGACCCUCCUGAAAGAUUUUGUACUCAUGAGAACCCGUACUUGUGCAGUGAUGAGUGUGAUGCUUCCACCCCUGACUUGGCCCACCCACCGAAGUUGAUGUUCGACAAGGAGGAAGAAGGGCUGGCCACCUACUGGCAGAGUGUGACCUGGAGCCGCUACCCUGAACCCCUGCUUGCCAACAUCACGCUUUCCUGGAACAAGAGCAUCGAGCUGACGGAUGACAUUGUGGUGACCUUUGAGUACGGACGCCCCACCGUUAUGAUGUUGGAGAAAUCCCUGGACAAUGGAAGGACUUGGCACCCAUACCAGUACUAUGCGGAUGACUGUAUGGAAGCCUUUGGCAUGCCAGCACGGCGGGUCAGAGACCUCUCUACCACCAGUGCCAACAGGGUCAUCUGCACAGAAGAGUACUCCCGCUGGGCGGGCUCCAAGAAGGAGAAGAACGUGCGCUUGGAGGUAAGGGAUCGCUUUGCCAUUUUUGCCGGCCAGGACCUCAGGUACAUGGACAACCUGUACACCAGGCUGGAGAGCGCCAAAGGCCUGAAGGACUUCUUCACCGUGACUGACUUACGGAUGAGGUUGCUGAGACCAGCACUUGGGGGCACCUACGUGCAGAGAGAGAACUUGUACAAAUACUUCUAUGCUGUCUCCAACAUUGAAGUCACCGGCAGGUGUAAAUGCAACCUUCAUGCCAACCUGUGCUCCUUUAAGGAGGGCAGCCUGCAGUGUGAAUGUGAACACAACACCACUGGCCAGGACUGUGGCAAAUGCAAGAAGAACUUCCGCACCAGGUCUUGGCGGGCCGGCUCCUAUCUGCCCCUCCCCAACGGAUCACCUAACGCAUGUGCAGCUGCAGGCUCGGCCUUUGGCACUUAUGAACGACCACAGCGAGUUUCUACUACAAAGCCCACAACCACCACAACACCCAAAACUACCACAACCACCUCUGCUACCACCACCCAGCCUGUCACCACGCAGCAGCCAGUCAUGGCCAAAUUGCCAGCUGAGCUCCCUGCCUCUGUGCCUAUCCAAGAGACGCAGAAAAUACCAGAACUCACCAGCUCGUCGGCAGCUGCCCCACUACAGGUGGGCUACCCCCAAGCCAAGGCCGAUCCUGGAAAAGAAGCUGUUCGGCGUCUGGUAAACCCAACCGUGCUUGGACCCAAACCGGUUCCACGGGAGCCUCCUGAAAACAUCCGAGCUGCUCCAAAGAGCAAAUCAGGACGCACAGCACACUCUGCUGGCAAGAAGCAUGCAAAGAAGCCAGCGGCUUCAAAGAGCUCCAAACUCAUCAGGCUGAAUGCUGGCUCUGGCCCAGUGGCACCUGUUGAAGUGUUUAGAGACUGCGAGUGCUACGGCCACUCCAACCGCUGCAGCUAUAUCGACUUCCUGAACGUGGUGACCUGCGUCAGCUGCAAACACAACACGCGGGGGCAGCACUGCCAGCACUGCCGGCUGGGGUUUUACCGGAACAGCUCGGCAGAGCUCGACGACGAGAAUGUGUGCAUAGAAUGUAACUGCAAUCAAAUCGGGUCGCUGCACGACCGCUGUAACGAGACCGGCUACUGUGAAUGCAGAGAAGGUGCCACCGGGCCCAAGUGUGACGACUGCCUUCCCAAUUACUACUGGAGACAGGGCUGUUUCCCCAACGUCUGCGACGAGGAGCUCUUGAUUUGCCAGAACGGCGGCACCUGCUACCAGAACCAGCGGUGCCUCUGCCCCGAUGGCUACAAAGGCGUCCUGUGCGAGCAGUCCAAGUGUGACACUGACGACAAGGCCUGCAACUCCGCCUCCAGCACAUACCUCAGCCUCCCCCCCUUCCUCAUCAGCGCACUCCUCCUCCAGCUGGGACACCGGUUGGACUUGUGAACGGCAAACACCAGGGAGCCAAGUCAAGGUGCAUCACUGUGGGGGGAGGGGACCUAGGAGACGAAGGUCAUAGGUAGCCUUCCUCGGCACCACCGCCUCAGCCUUCCUUUGCUCUAGGACUUCCAUGUCGUAAUGCAGUCCCCUGGCCGCAAAGAGGUGCAGCGUCUCAGGGGCUGACUCCUGUCCUUCCACCAGCAGCCUUGCUCAAACAGCCACAUCCUGGCCAGAGGUGGCCGCAGCGUGGGCUCAGCUGCUGCGCGGCAGGGAGAGAACUGAGACAGGCAUCGUGCACAAGCUGCAGGACGUUGGUGUCGUUUGAAAGGACUCUGGUCACUAACACUU